UAAGACUAAAAUAGUGGUAUCCCGCCAUAGGGGAGUGCUUCAAUGUAGUGACAUGUCUACCGCGUAAUUAACCAAUCGGCAUCGACUUAAAUGAAACGUCCGAUAUCUGAAUUACAAACGCAAUAAACCAGUAAGGAAAUUGACAACUUUACAAACGUGCAUUAUUUAUACGCACCUAACUUACUUUAAACGAGAUUAAUUCAAGUUUUGUGAUACAUUAUGAUAUUCAUAUUUUCAAGAAAAUGAAAACUGAGUGUAAAAAUGACGAAAUAGAUCAAGUGAUGUAGAUUUAACAACUGGAGAAGUACAGAAAAUGGCAUCUAGUGAUCAGAUCUUGUUUGAAAAGACGUCUAGCAAUCGCGUGCACUUAUUCCGGUUGCAAGUACUCAUUAUAGAUGGAAGCCUCCCAGUUUUGAGAAAUAUAUUCGACCAGGCCCUGACUGAUCAAGGCAUAACUCUAAGUGAAUGCUUGAAACAAGAAAAGUCAACAAUAGACCGUCUGAAAGGCCGCGUUAUAACUCCUGUUCAAUAUGACAUAUUGUUUCCGGCUUGUGGUAAAGACCCAACCACGUCAGAUAUGGACAUCACGCUUAUCAUUUGUCUUCUAAGGAACCUGAAAUGUUUCGGUUUGAAAACAAAGACAUUUAACUGGAACGCAACACCUUUACCAACUGAUGUAACACUUGAGGCAGAUCUUUGUCGAUUAAAGGCUUCCCGAAAUAAUAUCAGUCAUAUAUCGACAACAACUGGAAUGCAACCCGGUGAAUUUACAACUUGGUGGAAUGAUAUCGAACAGAUACUUGUUCGACUAAGUUCUCCAGCUCUGAAUAUUCGGAAAAUAAUUGAAGAUAUAAAAACUUGCCCUCUUGAUCCGGAGGAAGAUAAAAGGAUACAGGAAGAAAUAGAAAAGUGGAAGAAAUAUGAAGCAGAUGUUGAUCGAUUGAAAGAGGACAUGACAGAGGUAAAGGCUGAUAUCGAGGAACUGAAAAGGGGACAAAUUGCAGGUAACUUUUCCGUACAGACAGAGGAGGAAAAAUAUCAAAAUCGCAAGAAGAAACUUCAAAGCGACUUGAAUAAAUUCUACAGAAACAAAUGCAGUUCAAUACCUCUCUCACCGCUUUUUGAUGAAAUAGAGACACCUUUAGCUGGGUUUUAUGUGAUGCCAGAUAUGGUCGCCGUUGAGCAGGAGUCUUAUACAAGUGACAAAGAAAUACGAACCCCAAUCGAUUCUUUGAAGAGUCUGUUUUCAAACGAAAGUGAAGAUCAGCAAGAAAUAUAUUUAUCAGCUGAUGCAGGUUUUGGAAAAACUGCUUUCUCAAAAUAUCUUGCAAUCACGUGGUGUCAAGCUCAUCGCCAAGACAAAAACUGCAAACGUUUUAAAGAUGAGGAGCUAAAAGCUUUAUCUGACUUUGAUUUCUUAUUUUUAGUUUUAUUAAGAGAUUGUUCCACAGUUUGUAAUAUUGACGAAAUGAUUGAACAGCAAAUCACCAACAGACUUCCACCGUCAGCAUCAGUAGAAGAGGUUUUAUGUAGGGAAAAGUGUUUGAUUAUAUUGGACGGUCUUGAUGAAUGGACUCACCCUGAUAACGGCUGUAGCGACAUUUCAGAAAAAAUACCACAUCGGUACGUACGUGAUAAUUGUGUUGUCCUAACUACUACUCGUCCAUGGAAGCUUGGAGUUUCAAAUCUGAAAACAAGUGAAAUAACAAAAAAAGUCGAGUUGGUUCAACUUACUACAGAAUCUAGGCGCAGUCUAGAAAGAAAUGCUAUAAGUAAAAUGACCGGUAUCCAUGAUGACGAAAUAUUGUCGAGUAAAAUAUUGGAAUUGAAUGACGUAAUACGUGACCGAGGCCUUAAGCACAUGCGAACAAUUCCACUUCUUCUCAUGUAUAUCAUAUGUUUAUGGUGUAAUAAAAUUCCUGUAGGAAAUUCCAAAUAUGAAGUUUACACCAAUAUCAUUGAAUUUCUAUUAUCAAGAGCAGCAAAGAAACAUCCAAAGGUAAAAUCGUCUAGUGAAGCUUUUGCCAGUGAUAGACCAGUAUUCUUCUUGAACCAUGAAUUUUGUAAAACGUUUUACUCUCUUCUAACAUCAUUAGCGGAUCUAGCUUAUCAAACAUUAUUCAAUGUUGCAAGGGAAAACACGUUGAUAUUUGACCGAUCGGUUGCUGAAAACUACCUCAAAGCAGACGACAUGCAAUUUAGUCUAGUCUCAGGAAUAUUGUCAGAAAGUAGAGCUAGAACUUUAACAAAAGAAAUCAGUAAAGUAUCGUUUGCACACAAAACUGUUCAUGAAUUCUUUGCCUUCAUAUUUAUAAGUUUGCAAAGUGAUGCUCAGAAAAUUGUUCUAGAAAAAUGUAAGAGUGUUCAAGACAUUCUUAACAUGUCGGUCAUAUUUGAAUUUAUAAGUGAAAUGAAUGCUGACCUGAUGUUUGCAAUAUCAAAUGAUUUAAUGUCUGUGAUAAAUGGAGAUGAAGUAACACAUAUCUAUAGAACUAGGACAGGUGUCGAGUACAUGUCAAAUAAUCCACUGUACAAUAUACAGAACAUGUUCAUAUCGUAUUUAAAAGAAAAGCCUGAAAGUGAAAAUAUGCAAUUAAGUUUGCAAGACGUUUUCAUUUCCAGGAAAAAUGACCACAAUGAGCAGUUACAACGUUUGUCAAAACAAAAUAAAACCAACAUAAAAUCACUUCAAAUAAACACCUACAAUACUUCCACCAGUUUACGUGAACUUGUCGAGCUAUUUUCCCUCAAAGACUUAAGUCAUAUCCAGAAAUCAUACUAUUAUGGUAGAUGGAAGAAGAAAGCUGAGAUAAGAUUGUUGCUAUUUCCCAGUGUACAAAGUGUAACGCUGUCGUGGGGUGAAUGGACAGAAAAUGAUACAGAGAAUCUGGGUGAAAAUUUUGCGCAAUUACAAAAUUUGCAGUGUUUACAUAUUCAAUGGUUCAGGUUGUCUCACAAAAUACUUGAAAUAAUUUUCAAGUCUAUCCAGGAUAAAAAGUCAAUGAAGGCAUUAACAUUUAACGAGUUAUUCUGUAAAGAGCACCGCCGCCGUGAGUGUAAGGGAUUGAACUUGGAUUUGUCUAAACAUUUAAAUCUAAAGAAGUUAUACUUAGAGCGGUUACCUACGUUACUACUAAAUACCACAACACCGACGUUAAUAAAUGUUGAGUUGCGAGGAAUCAUUCUAGAUGAAAAUUCAUUGUUGCUGUCAGCUGUCAUGUUGAAUAUUGAACGCGUGAAGCUUUGGGAGAUAGAAAUGCCUGCAGGGUGUUUAAAUAACUUUAUUGCCGAGCUGGAAAAUCUUCCGCAGUUAGUCACAGUAGAAAUGUACGAUAUUAUACCGGAAACAGAAUAUACAUGUGUUAGAGAACAUAUUCGGAGUUCUAAAGCAUUUGAUGUGACAGCAGACGACCACUACAUGGUGUUUGAGUUCAAAACAAGAAAAACAAGUGAAGAAUAGACAAGGAAGUAAACAAGGUAUGGAAGUGGCUCAUUUAGACAGAAGAUCAGCUACAGUUAAUCUUUAGGGACAAUGUUAAAUUUUCUUCUACGAGAGUUCAAUAGAAUGGAUUAACUCCUGGCUUCGUGUUCACAAUGGAAAAAAAUCAAAACAAAAUAAGGGCCGAAUGGUUCUGAUUAUACUUUUAUUGUUUUAUGGAUGCUAAUUGAUCAUGUUAGAUUACAAUUAAUUAGUUUAUUAGCAUAAAUGCUGACUUGAAAAGAAAUAACCUUAUUUUGAGAUAAAAUUGAGGAAUAUCAAUCUUUAAAUCGUACCUUGCAAAACGGAAAAAGGGCACCAAAGGGUACCGCUUAGAAACAUGUUGCCUUACCGGUUUUUGUUUUACAUGGUUUCAGUUCCAAGCUUAACAUUAACAUACAAGGAGGAAGAGAUAAAACUAACUUUUGCAUCACAUGCUUCUUGUAUUUGUUUUUACGCAAUGAUUUGAUUGAUAUCUACAAGGAAAGUUAUACAAAGUCUACUAUCAAAAUUAAAGAGAUCCUGCAAUGCAAUACAAUGCAGUCAAUAAUUAAGACAUUUCCAGACAUUCACACAAAUGAAACUUUUAUAUGAAUAUUUAUUAUAUUUAGAUAUAACACUUUUUCUGUGUUUUAAGAACAAGAUAAUCAAGCAAAAAUGGUAAGAAAAAAUAGUCUAUAUUUCAGAUGAUUGUCAAUUCUGAAAACAAAAUCAUAUUUAUGUACAUAGAUUUAUAGCCUUGAAUAUGAGGAAGCUAGUCAGGUUUGAACUCUGAGUAUUAUUUUGAUGUUUGUGAUACUUUUACGCUUACAUUUUAUUAACUAUUUUACUGCACAUGCCAGCAUUAGUGUCACAUGUGAAACUUGAAAGGUUGUACUGUAUAUAAAAAUCAACGAACAAAUGUGUGCAUCUUCUGUUUAAUUUUUAAGUUUUUGUAUCUUUAUUUUGAUUUGUAUAUUUUUCACGAUAUAUAUGUAUAUAGUUAUAGUAUAUGGAUAUUCAAAUUUAUUUUUAUAAAUGCUGGAUUUAUUUUCAUCGAGUGAUAUGAAAAUAUAUAUUUUAUGAGUGACGGUAGCCACGAGUAAAAUAUGGUAAUUUUUAUACCACAAGAUGAAAAUAAAUCCAGUAUUUAUAGAAAAAGUCUUGAUUUUUUUUAUUAUUUACAUUUUUCUCUUUUUUGACAUUACAACUUGAAAGCUUUCCCCUGAAAUUUUGUGUAUAGGUUAAACUUAGAAGAGAGUAGUCCGGUAAGAAACCCAUGAAAAUGAAUGUAGAAAAUAUGUUUCACUGCAAUGAAAAAUAACCUUUACAAUGAAAAUAUGGAAAAUGGAAAAACUCAUUUUAGUUCAUCAAUAUUUCUCAAUAAUAUAUUCAUAAAUAUGUAAUAAAAAGGAUUAUUUCAGAGUAAGAGUAGGAGAUCAUGAUUUUGAACAAAUGUAUAAAUCUAUGUAGUCAAGGAUCUCACGAGGCUCGGGGCGCCGAGUAGAAUUAUUGAGAGCCAAAAACAAGAAAUAGGCCAAUACACUUUUACAUUUACAAUUUUAUCAAUUUUUGCCUAAACCAUAGAUUUUUCGUAAUUCCAUGACGUUAUCAACAUCAUAUCAUAUAACAGUUUUAACAAAUAUAAAUUUCGUAUUUGCUUGGAUUUAAUUUUGUCAUUUCAUGCAGUUAUUACAGCAUAAUAUGUACAGGUAUAUACUUACGAUGUUUACAACAGUUACUAUGUAUAUAGAUUCUAUGUUAGUGUUCAUCCGUGAUGUCCUUAGAAACUUCGACGGGAGCGUUAGCGACAGGAACAGCUACGGAUGAAUACUAACAUAAUUUGUGUAAAGCUUUAUUUGGUUUCAUAGAUAUUCACUUUAUUAUACGGCGCUACAUGUUUAUUUUACGAACGCGGUUCUAUUACGCACUAUGAAAAAUAGAAGGUUUGA